CUCAUUGUGAAAUGAUAUCAUAGAACAGCUAAAUUAGAAAUCACUAGAACACAUGGAAUAGUACUUAAAAAAGAAAGAGGAUCCCAGCACACUUCCGUAUAUUGCCAUUUCUAAACCGUUCCCAACCAAAUUUACGAAGACAACGAUUGUGUAGUCUCUAUUUUGACAUUUUCUACCUUCCCUAAAUUCAAACCAAUGAGAAAACACAAUUAUCUAUCUUAUCGCCCAAAUUAAGUGUGUGUAACCUAACUAAUUUGGUUCCAAUCUUAUUCAUUCAUACUUUGAUCCUCCAUUUAAACUUCAAAUCCUUCAACAUCAACCAAACAGAUUCAAAAUCCAAUAAAAAUGGAGAAUUCUCCCAUAAACAGUGAACAAAACCAAGAACAAACCCACCCAAAAUGGUCAAAUACAUCUUGGGAAUUCCUCUCUAAAGUUCGUCAAAAAUCCCCAUUAAUCCAAUGCAUAACAAACUAUGUUUCAAUGGAUUUAGCAGCAAAUACCCUUUUAGCUGCUGGAGCAUCUCCUGCUAUGCUUCAUUCCAUUGAUGAGAUUCCUGACUUUACCCCACAAAUUGAUGCACUGUAUAUUAACGUGGGUACACUUUCUUCUACUGUUUUGCCGGCUAUGAAGUCUGCGGCUGAACUCGCUGUGAGUAUUGGUAAGCCAUGGGUGUUUGAUCCUGUUGCUGCUGGGGCUUCUAGUUUUAGACUAAGGGCUUGUUUGGAUUUGCUUUCGUUGAAACCUACUGUUGUUAGAGGGAAUGGAUCUGAGAUUAUUGCUCUUUCUCGUGCUUCCUUUGGUGCUACUAAGGGUGCAGACAGCAAGCACGAGUCAAUGGAUGCUUUAGACGCGGCAAAAUCAUUGGCUCAAGCAACUGGUGCUGUUGUCGCUGUGACGGGAGCUGUGGACAUUAUCACAGACGGGAAACAAGUCAUAGGUGCACACAACGGAAUACAGAUGCUGCAAAAGAUAACAGCAACUGGGUGCUCUGUCACGGCUUUAAUUGCUGCAUUUGUUGCAAUCGACCCGACUCAUGCUUUUGAAGCUACGGCUGCAGCACUCUCCGUAUUUGGCAUUGCUGGUGAGUUGGGUAUGCUGUCGGCAAAAGGCCCUGCUUCACUGCGUGCUAACUUGAUUGAUUCAUUAUAUGGGCUUGAUGAGGCGAGCAUACAUCAAUAUUCCAAAAUUUCUCCCUUAGCUUGAAUUUGAUGGAGCUUCAAAGGAGUAGUUGGUAAACUUUUUACACUUAUACUAUGAUAAUGUACAGCUUUUCGGUUUUUGUCCCUAACAAUUUGGAUCAAAUGGAGCAAACAUAAAGGGACGGAGAGAGUACUUUAGAAAGUUCAAAUGCAUUUGGCAAUGUUUGCGCUUAUUUGUUAUCGUCAUGCUACAAUAAAUUGAUAUGAAGCAUACUUUAAUAUGAGGAAAUCUUAGUAGAUAACGGCGAUUGAUUGAAGUUAAUAAUUCACCCUAAUGUGGUAGAAUUUAAUAGGGUGGGAGUUUUAAUUUAUCAUUUUGGGUUUUGUUUAUUUUAGUAUUAUUCUUUUUGUCUUUUAUGAUUAUUUACAAAUCACGGUGAUUGAUUAGGAAUUAUUGCUUUAAUAUUAA